AUGUCCAGCAAAGGUGUUGAAACGCAAAUUGUGACACGGAAACGGCACCUUGAAGAUGAUAAUGAAAACAGUGAAAAUGCGCUGGGAAAUGGAAAUAGCUUUGAUAAGAUUGCAUUUGGAUCAGCGGGCGGUUAUGACACGGCAAGUUGUUCUUAUGAAUUCUACAUUCGGAAAGACGUAUACGGAAGCGUUCGAGGACAGCGUAAAAAUGAUUACUUGACAUCAAUAAAUGCUGGUGAUGAGGAGGAAGAUGCGGAAGAUGAACUGGUUGGCCCGAUGACUGCUGCUAAGGCAGCGUUUUCUGCUCCGAAACGCUUCGUAGAGGAAGCUGCAAGACAUGGACAGGGAGACGAUCCUUUUGCGGAAACGAGAACAAAAACAAUUGCCGAAAGGCAGAGUAAUUAUCAAGCAAGAGCUCGUCAGCGACAAAUUUCUCCUGAACGAGCGGAUAUGUUUGCUGAUCAAACACCUGAUGUUCGGGAUCGUUCUUAUGCACAGAUCAUGAAGGAACAGAUGUUACGUGAAGAAACGGAUAAAGUGGAGAAGGAACUGAGUGAUAAAGCAAAAUCUGGUGAAUUGAAAAUUACGAAACCUACUGCUCCAGCGCAGAAAAGAGGUCGUUGGGAUGAGACUCCAAAAAUUGAGGCUCUCGGUGCGGGAGCUCUAACACCUUCUCAGACACCUGGUUCCACCCAGCGAAAACGGCUAACACUUACGUCGAAUAUAUCAGCUGCCGCAGCAGAAAUUGCAACUCCACGUGUUGCCCGCUGGGAUGAAACACCAGCUCAUGCUGCAGGGGUUGAUGCAACUCCUACUUCCGGAGCAAAAGCAUGGGAUGCGACGCCGUCAACUCAAACGCCUCGUCGAAAUCGUUGGGACGAAACUCCACAUGAAUCUGUGCGUGAUGGAAUGACACCAUCAGCAAGGGAAGGAAUGACUCCGGGUUGGGGAGCCGAGACUCCUCGUGACGCUCGUGCGUUUGAAGAUGUCAAAAUUGAGGAGACACCAGGUGAAUCAAAACGCCGAUCGCGUUGGGAUUUGACCCCAUCUGCUGCGACACCGGUCGCCGCAGCUGCAACACCAUCAAGUACUCAUAUGGCUGGCGGUGCAACACCAUCAGGUUUCACUCCAAGUGGAGCAGGAAUGACACCAUCAAUGAUGACACCUGGCGGAACAACACCUAUUGGUACACCUGCAAUGGGUCUUAAAACUCCAAUUAUGCCUAUGGUACCGAUGACACCAGAUCAGAUGGCACUUUUCAAGCCCUUAUCCGAUGAAGAAUUGGAUGCAUUGUUUCCACCGGGAUACAAAGUGUUGCCACCACCCAAUGGUUACAUACCACUUCGAACCCCAGGUCGUAAGCUUUUAGCAACACCAACUCCAAUGGGAGCAACAGGAACACCAAUGGGAUUCAUCAUGCAGGGAACACCUGAACGACCUGGUUUGGCUGAUAAAGGUGUUGCUGGAUUAAUUGAUACUCAACCAAAAAACGCAGAGUUGCCACCAUUGAAACCAGAGGAUAUUCAAUAUUUUGAUAAGCUUUUGAUGGAAGUAGACGAAAGCACAUUGAGUAAGGAAGAAUUGAUUGAGCGUGAAAUUAUGACUUAUCUUUUAAAAAUCAAAAAUGGAACACCUCCACAACGGAAAUCUGGAUUGCGUAAGAUCACAGAAAAUGCAAGACGUUUUGGAGCUGGAGCGCUUUUUAAUCAAAUAUUACCUCUUUUGAUGUCUCCUACACUAGAGGAUCAGGAAAGACAUUUGAUGGUAAAGGUGAUCGAUCGCGUUUUGUAUAAACUUGAUGAUCUCGUUCGACCGUAUGUCCAUAAAAUAUUGGUCGUUAUUGAGCCGUUGUUGAUUGAUGAGGAUUAUUACGCACGUGUUGAAGGAAGAGAAAUUAUUUCAAAUCUUGCAAAAGCAGCUGGUUUGGCAACAAUGAUUUCGACGAUGCGACCAGAUAUUGAUAAUGUUGACGAAUACGUACGGAAUACAACAGCUCGAGCUUUUGCUGUAGUAGCUUCCGCUCUUGGCAUUCCAGCUCUUCUUCCGUUUUUAAAAGCAGUUUGCAAGAGCAAAAAGAGUUGGCAAGCAAGGCACACGGGUAUUAAGAUAGUGCAGCAAAUGGCUAUACUUAUGGGAUGUGCAGUUUUGCCACAUCUCCGUUCACUUGUUGAAAUUGUGGAAACAGGCCUCGUUGAUGAUCAGCAAAAGGUUCGGACAAUAACAGCUUUGUGUUUGGCAGCUCUUGCUGAAGCUGCAACUCCAUAUGGUAUCGAGGCAUUUGACUCUGUUUUGAAGCCACUUUGGAAAGGUAUUCGAUCGCAUCGGGGGAAGGGUCUUGCUGCCUUUUUAAAGGCAAUUGGUUUUCUGAUUCCAUUGAUGGAUGCUGAAUAUGCAUCUUAUUAUACACGUGAAGUAAUGCUUAUAUUGAUUAGAGAAUUUGCGUCUCCCGAUGAAGAAAUGAAGAAAAUUGUACUGAAGGUGGUGAAGCAGUGUUGCGCAACAGAUGGUGUUGAAGCGGCUUACAUCCGUGAUGAAAUUCUCGCACAUUUUUUUAAAGCAUUUUGGAACCAUCGUAUGGCACUCGAUCGACGCAACUAUCGACAAUUGGUCGAUACUACUGUGGAAAUGGCGCAAAAGGUGGGUUCAGCAGAAAUGAUUGCACGAAUAGUGGAUGAUCUGAAGGAUGAAAAUGAAUUGUAUCGAAAAAUGGUUAUGGAAACAAUUGAAAAUAUUGUUUCAUUGAUGGGAGCUAAUGAAAUCGAUGCACGUUUGGAGGAACAGCUUAUUGACGGUAUUGUGUAUGCUUUCCAAGAACAAACGCAGGAGGACGCGGUAAUGUUGGAUGGAUUCGGUACCGUUUGCAAAGGUUUGGGACGGCGUACAAAGCCAUAUCUUCCGCAGAUCUGUGGUACUAUAUUGUGGCGUCUCAAUAAUAAAUCUGCAAAAGUUCGACAGCAGGCUGCCGAUUUAAUAGCCAAGCUCGCUCCAGUUAUGAAUAUUUGUCAAGAAGAGAAGCUUAUGGGGCAUUUGGGCGUUGUUUUAUAUGAGUAUCUUGGUGAAGAAUAUCCAGAAGUGCUGGGAUCAAUUUUGGGUGCUCUAAAAGCAAUUGUUAACGUUAUUGGCAUGACAAAGAUGACACCACCAAUUAAGGAUCUUUUGCCACGUUUGACACCAAUUUUAAAGAAUCGACAUGAAAAAGUACAAGAGAACUGUAUUGAUCUAGUUGGUCGCAUUGCCGAUCGUGGAAGUGAAUUUGUAUCAGCUCGGGAAUGGAUGCGUAUAUGCUUCGAAUUAUUAGAAUUAUUGAAAGCUCAUAAAAAGUCGAUUCGUCGGGCAGCAAUUAAUACCUUUGGAUACAUUGCAAAGAUCGUUGGUAUUGCGAGCGGCGUGCACCAAGUUAAAUGUGCAAAUGACACAGUGGAAAUUGAGCCGAGCGUGGAUAUACAGCAUAUGUUCCGGCGACCAUGUUGGGAUCUGUGCGAUUUUUGUAGUCUUUCAAGAAGGACGGAUAAUUUUUUCUUCUGCAAUGAUAUGGUUAGUUAUUGGCAUAUGUCUUUGCAGGCAAUUGGUCCCCAUGAUGUUUUGGCAACACUUCUUAACAAUCUCAAAGUACAAGAACGCCAGCUGCGUGUAUGCACUACAGUUGCUAUUGCUAUUGUGGCCGAAACAUGUGCGCCGUUUACUGUGUUGCCAGCUAUAAUGAAUGAGUAUCGUGUUCCGGAGAUCAACGUGCAGAAUGGAGUUCUUAAAGCACUUUCCUUCAUGUUUGAGUACAUUGGAGAGAUGGCCAAAGAUUAUAUAUAUGCAGUUACUCCUCUUUUAGUGGAUGCCCUAAUGGAGAGAGAUAUUGUACAUCGUCAAAUAGCAAUGGACGCUGUUGCGCACUUAACUUUAGGGGUUUACGGUUUUGGCUGUGAAGAUGCAUUAAUCCAUAUUUUCAAUUAUGUUUGGCCGAAUAUGCUUGAAAAUUCACCGCAUGUAAUACAACGAUUUGUUUUUGCAUGUGAUGCUAUGCGCGUAUCGCUCGGCCCGAUCAAAGUACUUCAGUAUUGUCUUCAAGCUUUGUGGCAUCCAGCAAGAAAAGUUCGCGAACCAAUUUGGAAGGUCUUCAAUAAUCUGAUCUUAGGAUCUCAAGAUGCUUUGGUUUCUGGAUACCCGCGAGUACCUAAUACUGAAAGGAACAGUUUUGUGAGAUACGAGCUUGAUUAUGUACUUUAA